AUGUUUGGGACUCUAUUCAAAUAUCUCAUCGAGAACCUCUGCAAUCAUAUUGUCCGCUAUCAUGCUGGUGAUUUCAGUCCAGCUUCGACCUUUGCUGCGCGGCAGCGCCAAGGCAACCAUAUGCUGUCGCGUCCACCGCCCGCCGGAACCCCGUCAUUGCUGCUACCGAGCCCUCCAUCACCAUCCUUUGCAGAGUCCUGCGUCCCCAGCUUCAAUCCCCUUCUCAUUGACCUCCACAACAUCUCGCUGCUACUUUCUUUUUUCUCCCAUUCAUUUCAGCCAAGCCCCCUUCUCCACAGUCUCUUCACCAUGUCCGGCUACGACCGAGCUCUCUCAGUAUUCAGUCCCGAUGGGCACGUUUUCCAGGUUGAAUAUGCCAUGGAGGCUGUAAAGCGAGGAACCUGCGCCGUCGGUGUGAAAGGCAAGGAUAUCGUGGUGCUCGGAUGCGAGAAGCGCUCCGCCCUCAAGCUUCAAGAUACCCGGAUUACGCCCUCCAAGAUCGCGAAUGUUGACGAACACGUCUGUUUGGCCUUUGCCGGUCUGAACGCUGAUGCCCGUAUCUUGAUUGAUAAGGCUCGGUUAGAGGCGCAGUCACACCGUUUGACGGUGGAGGACCCCGUCACCAUCGAAUAUAUCACCAAGUACAUUGCCGGUGUUCAGCAGCGUUAUACACAAAGUGGUGGUGUCCGUCCAUUCGGUAUUAGUACGCUCGUUGUUGGCUUUGACAAGAACGAUUCUACACCACGCCUCUACCAGACCGAGCCCUCGGGUAUCUACUCUGCUUGGAAAGCCAACGCCAUUGGCCGAUCCAGUAAGACGGUCCGCGAAUUCCUCGAGCGCAACCACCAAGACGACAUGGACCGCGAGCAGACAAUCCAGCUGACAAUCAAGUCGUUGUUGGAGGUCGUCCAGACCGGCGCCAAGAACAUCGAAGUCGCGAUCAUGGCUCCCGGCAACCGCGUGGAGAUGCUGCCCGAUGACCAGAUUGAAGCUUACGUGAAGAGCAUCGAGACCGAGAAGCAGGAGGAAGCGGCCAAGAAGAAGACCAGCCGGACUGGCGCUGCCACGGCUGCGAUUUUGACUCGGCCCGGCGGUGGUGAGACAGCGGAAUAA